UCGGCCGGUCAUUAUUGACAACCAAAACCGCCAACUGACACGAUCCGAGUCAGCCACGAGUAUUUGAUAGAGAAGUACUAAUGUACCGGCCACGGCCAGUCCUAAACCAAGAUGGUGCAGGCACACCGUCCAAGCCGCUGCAGGCCAGCUCCACGAACAGCGUCGACCGUCUAUCGAAACCCUUUAAAUGUCCAGGCCUAGCCAUGGCUACACGAGCGUCAGACAAGCCAGCGAGGAAGCGUAGGAAGGUGAACUAUGCAGGGGCUGAUGGCACGGUGGACGACGACAGCGUCAAGCCUUAUACAAACGAGGACCGCUUAGCACUGGCAACAAGAGAUGCGAAUAGGUUCCCUAGCUUCAAAGUCAAGGACAAAGAGAUGACUUUCAAGCAAAGAUUUAAGAUUCCUUUGAUCAAUAAGUCGCCUGAUGCCUAUAAUAGCUCUAGGCCAGCGCCUACGCUUGGUAUGAGGCAAGGCGCUACAUUUGUUGUGAAGCCAUUGCAUGAUCCGAGCGGGGAGUUUGCUAUAGUGCUAUAUGAUCCUACAGUCGAUGAUGUCAAUGAGCCAGAAUCGAAGGAAGAGGACACGGUCGAUGCCGAGGAGCAGAAGCCAAAAUUGGAUGAGCCAUUGGUACACAAGAGCUUGGCAGAUAUUCUUGGGCUCAAGAAGAAGACUGAAGGGCGACCGAAGGUCCCGGUCGUUAUAGAUCCACGGCUGGCGAAAGUGCUACGGCCUCACCAGGUUGAGGGUGUCAAGUUUCUUUAUCGUUGUACAACUGGCAUGGUUGACAAGAAUGCGAAUGGUUGCAUCAUGGCAGAUGGGAUGGGUCUGGGCAAAACGCUUCAAUGUAUAUCAUUGAUGUGGACUUUACUCAAGCAAUCCCCAGAAGCGGGAGUGACAACCAUACAGAAGUGCAUUAUCGCUUGCCCGUCAAGUUUGGUCGGAAACUGGGCCAAUGAACUUGUGAAAUGGUUGGGCAAGGAUGCCAUCACACCAUUUGCGGUCGACGGUAAAGCCUCGAAGACGGAGCUCAUCAGUCAGAUGAAACAAUGGGCCAUCGCUUCGGGUCGGUCUAUUGUCAGACCAGUACUCAUUAUUUCAUAUGAAACACUCCGGCUAUACGUCGAUACACUGAGGGACAGUCCCAUCGGCCUACUUCUUUGUGACGAAGGACAUCGAUUGAAGAACAAGGAGAGUUUGACAUGGACAGCGCUCAACGGCCUGAAUGUACAGCGUCGGGUGAUUUUGUCAGGCACUCCCAUUCAGAACGAUCUCUCGGAAUACUUUGCUCUUCUCCAUUUUGCGAAUCCUAAUCUACUGGGGUCGCAGAAUGAGUUCCGGAAAAGGUUCGAAUUGCCUAUUCUUAGAGGAAGAGAUGCCGCAGGAACCGAAGAAGACCUCAAGAAGGGUGAUGAGCGCCUUGCCGAACUCUCCAGCAUCGUAAACAAGUUUAUCAUACGGCGCACGAACGACAUUUUGUCAAAGUACUUGCCCGUCAAGUACGAACAUGUUGUUUUCUGCAACAUGUCCGAAUUCCAACUGGGCCUCUAUAAGCAUUUCAUUCAAAGUCCCGAAAUCAAAAGCUUACUCCGCGGAAAGGGAAGUCAACCCUUAAAGGCAAUCGGCCUUCUAAAGAAACUUUGCAAUCACCCGGACCUCCUUAAUCUCUCUAAUGACCUUCCGGGUUGCGAGUACACCUUCCCGGAGGACUAUGUCCCGCCGGAAGCACGAGGGCGUGAUAGAGAUAUCAAAUCUUGGUAUUCAGGAAAGAUGAUGGUUUUGGAUCGAAUGCUAGCGCGCAUUCGCCAGGAUACUAAUGACAAGAUUGUUUUGAUUAGCAACUACACCCAGACCCUCGACCUGUUUGAGAAGUUAUGCAGAACCCGGGGGUACGGCUCCUUGCGACUAGACGGAACCAUGACGGUUGGGAAACGACAGAAGCUGGUCGACAAGUUCAAUAACCCCGACGGGGAAGAGUUUGUCUUCCUGUUGAGCAGUAAGGCUGGUGGCUGCGGCCUGAACCUAAUAGGUGCAAACCGCCUUGUUCUUUUUGAUCCCGAUUGGAAUCCAGCUGCCGAUCAGCAAGCUUUGGCACGAGUGUGGCGUGACGGGCAGAAGAAAGACUGCUUUGUCUACCGUUUCAUCGCGACUGGAUCGAUUGAGGAGAAGAUCUUCCAGCGUCAGUCUCAUAAACAGUCACUUUCUUCGUGCGUCGUGGAUUCGGCCGAGGAUGUCGAACGACACUUCUCGCUGGAAUCCCUCCGAGAGCUCUUUCAAUUCAAACCGGAAACGCGGAGCGAUACACAUGACACGUUCAAAUGCAAGCGAUGCCGACCGGAGGGAACACAAUACAUCAAGGCGCCAGCCAUGUUGUACGGUGACACUAGUACUUGGAAUCAUUUUGUCAAUGACGGAGAGCAUGGGGCUCUCAGCAAGAUCCAAGACUUGCUGAUACGUCAAGAGACUGGAGAGCGUGAUGUCUCUGCCGUUUUUCAACUCGAGAAGGUCGUCCGCGAUGCUGCUUUCAGGGGUGAACACGAGGAGAUCCAAAAGAUUGUCGACCAACUCUGCCAUGACUACGCCUAUGCGGUACACCAACCUCACGCGAGAAACGGCGGUUUAAUCGGACUUGCUGCGGCUUCCAUAGCAUUAGGAUCCGAAGGGGUUGCUCCUUAUCUGAAGGAAAUCGUACCGCCGGUGCUUGCUUGCUUUUCCGAUCAAGAUGCCCGAGUCAGGUAUUAUGCCUGCGAGAGCAUGUACAACAUUGCCAAAGUUGCGAAAGGCGAGGUGCUACUCUUCUUCAAUGAAAUAUUCGAUGCAUUGAGCAAGCUAGCUUCCGAUUCGGAGCUUUCGGUCAAAAACGGCGCAGAACUCCUCGAUAGACUCGUCAAAGACAUCGUAUCGGAAUCCGCGGCCUCCCAUAUCUCCGUCUUACAGCUUAGCGAAAAGGAAGCAACAGAUCCUGAAGGCUUGGACGAUGCUGAACUUCCUACCGCUUUUUCGCUACCUAAAUUCAUACCUUUGCUCAAAGAGCGAAUACACGUCAUCAGCGCGUUUACCCGCACAUUCCUGGUAUCAUGGUUGACUCUGCUGGAUACAAUCCCUGAUCUGGAGUUGAUAUCGUAUUUGCCGGAAUUCCUAGGAGGUUUGAUUAAGUUCCUGGGUGAUCCGAACAGAGAUGUCAACGUCGCUACCCAAGCGCUUUUGGAUAGGUUCCUGUCGGAGAUUAAGAGGAUCGCGCGACUUAAGAAGGGUAUCGAAGAAAGCCGGAAAGGUCAAGGCAGCGAUAUCAGGCAGUCAACUACCAGCGAUAGUAUGAGCGUUGCGACGACUACCGAUCAAACUGUAGCUGUUGAGUCUGAAGUGACAGACAACGCCAUAGAGGACUCUGAGGCAGGAUCAGUCACCGAUGAGGAAGGCUUGCACGUGGAUGGGGACUGGAUUCCCGGACAAGAUGUCCAGAUUGACUAUGCCAAGAUAUUAGAUAUUCUCGUCGGUUUCGUUGAUACAUCUUUCGUGGAGGAAAUGCAGUUGACUGCGCUGCGCUGGAUCGACAACUUCUUCGAAAUCAGCCCAGAAGACAUUCUCCCUUUCGUUCCUCGUCUCCUCACUCAAGUGCUCCCAGCAAUGUCCAGUGGUUCGGAUCAAGUGCGGCAGGCCGCCAACCGGGUCAACACGUCUUUAAUGGAGUAUAUCGUCACGCUGUCCGAAGAUACAGUAGAUGAAAGUCGACAAGCGGCAUUGAAAAGUACCAGCAAAGAAAAUACGGAGCGAAGGUCGUCUACGCCGGUUAGCAAGCCUCCCGAGACGCCAUCGAGUGAAUCCAAGAAGCAAUUGUCUCAGCCAGAGGCAUCAGUCGAACAAACCCCUCGAAGCAGCAUGUCAACACCAUUACCACCCGCCGACCUCGAUUAUGCUGCGGCCGUGAACUCCCUUACCCUACAGUUCCUGAACGAAAACGAGGCCACCAGAGUAGCCGCGCUUUCCUGGCUUAUCAUGUUGCACCGGAAGGCGCCCAAGAAGGUCAUUGCAUUUAAUGAUGGCACAUUUCCUGCUCUUUUGAAGACACUGUCCGAUCCGGCCGAAGCCGUCGUCACCAAAGAUCUCCAGCUUCUAUCACAGAUUUCCAGAAACAGCGAAGACAGUUACUUCAAGUCUUUCAUGGUGAAUCUCCUGCAACUGUUCUCCACGGACAGACACCUGCUCGAGGUACGGGGGAAUCUGAUUAUCCGACAACUGUGCAUGAAUCUUAGUCCAGAGCGCAUAUAUCGAACGCUGGCAGAUUGUCUCGAGAAGGAAGAGGAUAUCGAGUUCGCCAGUAUCAUGGUUCAAAAUUUGAACAACAACCUGAUAACCGCCCCUGAACUCUCGGAACUGAGAAAGCGCUUAAGGAAUCUUGACGCCAAGGAUGGACAGAUGUUCUUUGUAGCGCUGUUCCGGUCAUGGUGCCACAAUGCCGUCUCUACAUUCUCCCUCUGUCUACUCGCACAAGCCUACGAGCAAGCAUACAACCUCCUCCAAGUCUUUGCCGAGCUCGAAAUGACAGUGAACAUGUUAAUCCAAAUAGACAAGCUAGUUCAACUCCUCGAAUCACCCGUCUUUACCUACCUCCGCCUCCAGCUCCUCGAACCAGAACGAUACCCCUACCUCUACAAAUGCCUCUACGGCGUCCUCAUGCUCCUCCCCCAGAGCUCCGCCUUCGCGGCGCUCAAAAACCGUCUCAACAGCGUCAGCAGCAUCGGCCUCAUCCACACCGGCCCCCGACAAACCACACUCUCCUCCUCAUCCACCACCUCCUCUACCUCCACCUACGACCGCUCCACCAACAGCCGACUAAAACGCGACGACCCCCCAAUCCGAUGGGUCGAGCUCCUCGACAAAUUCAAGACCGUGCAAGAGAAAGCCCGCCGGUCUCAACGCGCCUCGCAGCGUCCCUUCGACGCAGACGGUCCCUCAUCCUCCAGCAACAAUAACAACAAUAACAACAACGCAAGCGAUCAGGUCCGCGGCGGCGGCAGCACCAGAGAUCGGGUCUCGGCUUUACCUGAUACUCCGCGGGGAUUAGCCGGAGGAGGGAAUACCGGAGGUGCGGGGAAUGAAGGUGGUAGUGGUGGUCGGGGAACGAACGAAGGGGGUGCGGGUAAAUCCUCGCCGGGAGGCAUUCUGGGCGGUGCGCAUAGACAUAAAUCUAGUUUGUCGAAUCUGGGGAGGUUGGGGAUUGGGGGCAGGAAGUCGAAGAGGUGAUUGUGGGUUUGGUUAUAGUUAAGGUUAUAGUAUAGUAUAGGAGUAGGGGGAAGUGGUGUGUUGUGUUAUCGCGUUAUAGCGUAUCAUGCAUACAUUGCUAGGAAUGAGAAUGGGGUUAGCUAUCU